AUGCUCCGUUCCAAUGCUGCGCAACAAGCCAAACAGACUCAAGGUCAAUCAGAACAACGCAGUAUGAACGCCGACCUUUUUUCGUUGACUUAUGGAGCUCUUGUUAUGGAUCUGAUCAAUGAUCUUGACAAAACAACUGAUGUCAAUAGUAAAUUGGAUAAAAUUGGCUAUCAAAUGGGUUUGCGGAUGGCCGACGACUUCCUCGCUAAGAAUCCUCGGAUAGGAAGAUGUUCUUCGGUCCCACAGUUGAGUGAAGUCCUGGCAAAACAAGCCUUCAAAUUGUACUUGGGAACUGAAGCUGCAGUUACGUUUAUGUCUGCCGAUGAAUUCCAAUUGAGGCUGGAUUCGAAUCCACUAACUGAAUUCGUGGAAAUUCCUCCUGAAUACAAGGAUCUCUGCUAUUCUCAGGUAAUUUUUUAGUUUAUGUUGGACUUUGUGUUUAGGUACCAAAAAUCUUGGGAAGUUGAAGAAAACGAAUUUCUUCGGCUUAGAGGAUCUGGAUAAUAAUCUCUCUGACGUUUUUUUUUCAGGUGAUUUGUGGAGCCAUUCGAGGAGCGAUGGAAGCGAUUCAUAUAGAAGUCCAAACCCAGUUGCUGUCAGAAGUCCCUUAUCCGACCGUUAUUCGAGUGAAGUUUGCGCGAGUAUUACAUGAAGCCAUGCCGGCAGGUGAAGAUGAUUGA